GCGUCCCAUAUAAUUUUUUUUUCUGUUCCUUAACAUUUCAUCACAUUAUCAUUUCUCUCCUUUUAAGGACAUUAAAAUGGCAAGAAGUAAAUCAAACACUUCGAAGCAAAAAGCUUCCAUUAAUGAUAGUACAAGGCGUUCGGAUCGUCCAAAGACUGUACCCGAAUUAUUUAUGAGCCAAAAGCAAUUCGCCAUUGCAGCAUCGAGAGGAGAACAAGAUGAUUCAGAUAAUGAGAAUGAAUCAGAUAGCAACACUAGUAGCGAUGAUUCAGACAACGAAACCAGCAGUGAUGAUGAACCUUCUACCCACAAACAACAGAAAAAGGGAUCCAAGAAAGUUGGAAGCAAGGCAUCACAGAAAAAAGGAAAAUUGACCAAAGUUAGAUUAUCCAACUCCAGUCAACUCUUGGAACAGGUUGCAGAAGAAGAUAAUAAUACUAGCUUGUACGACAUGGUCACCAGCAAGACUGCAGAUAUUGAUGGAUUGGUGGCUGUUUGGGUCAAUGAAUAUGCUUCACACAAAGUCGAAUCUUUACGUGAGCUAAUCAAUUUCAUUAUCCGGAGCUGUGGAUGCAUGAUGGCAGUGACUGCCCAUGCUUUCAAAGGAGAAGACAUCGCAGUAAAUGCAAUGAAAGAACUUCAGGAAGAGUUGGUUAAGUUACCCCACCACGAAUAUCCUAUUAUUUCAAAAAGCAAAGAUUCUAAGCUAUUGAAAAACAACUUGUUGGAAUUCUUCCAAAGUCUCGUCGAACAAUGUCAGCACGAAAUUAUUUUCGAUGGUACCCUUAUAGAGACAUUACAGAGCUGGCUGACUACAAUGUCAAGCUCUGUUUAUCGUCCAUUCCGUCACACAGCAACAUUAAUCGCUUUCAAAAUAACGAGUGCACUUGCGACUAUUUCCGAAAAAUUAAAAGACGAAUUAUCAAUUGUUACAAGACAAUUGAGAACAGAAUCCGCCAAACCAACAAACCGUGCACGACCCUCUGCAAAAAUUAAGCAACUUCAGCAGAGAUCCGAAAAGUUAGAAACGAGACGUAAAGACCUUGAAGAAUACCUGAAUGACUUUUUUGAGAGUGUAUUCGUACAUCGUUCCCGCGACGUAGAAUCAAUUAUCAGAAACGAGGCUAUUAAGGAGUUAUGUGUUUGGAUGCAACUCUAUCCCUCGUAUUUUAUUGACAACAGACAUCUGAGACACUUUGGCUGGGCUUUCAACGAUCAGAACACCCUUGUUCGAUCAGAGGCACUUAAGUCUGUCACACGACUUUGCAAAAUUGAAGGAAAUGCUGCUAAUCUUCACGAGUUUAUUGGUCGCUUCAAAGCUCGUGUUGAAGAGAUUGCAUUAUAUGAUAUUGAUGUUUCUGUCAGAGUCCAUGCCAUUGGAUUGUGCAGCGAACUACACACUCGAAAAUAUGAAAUGCUCGGUACAAAUGAACAGAGAAAACUUUCUGAUCUUAUUGUUUCCGAUAUCCCCCGUGUGCGCAAAUCAGUUGCACCAUUUGUUAAGACUUUGAUUGAGAAAGAGCUCGUGAAACCAAAAUUGAUCGAAGUAAACGAUUCGCUCUCAGGAAUGGUAGUUGAUGCUCCUCAGCAUGAUAAUGAUAGUCGCAGAGGACGCCCCAAUAGAUCAACUGCUACAGUAGCUGCUUCAGCCAACACAGCAUGGGUUACCUUCAAGUGCAUCGCUUCUUUCUUGGUAGAACGUACCGAAUCUGCCAGAAGCUCUCUCCAAAACAAUGGUCAAGAUAGUAUAGAUAUUGAUGAAACUGUCUCCAGAGAUACACAACACAUUGUGUCGAACACAAUAGAAGCCCUCUGGGGGCAAAUGAAGGAUCUACAUGAUUUUAAAGCAAUGUCGGACUAUCUCAGUCGUGAUCAUUCCAGAGUUCAACAAAAUAGCAGACGCAAUUCUCUUUCCACUGCUACUGAAAUUGAUGAAUGUUAUAGACUCACUGAGGAUGAAGAAACCAUUCUUAUCACUGCCUUUGUCUCAUGUCUUAAGAUUGGUAUUCAAAGAGGAUUUGAAAAGAGUUCAGGAAAAGAGAAGAAAAAGGAUGAUCAACAAAUCGAAGAGAUUCGAAACGAUGUGUCUCGUCAUCUUGUACAAUUCCUUCCUAGUCUUUUGAUCAAGCACAGUGACAAUGCAUCCAGAAUGAUCCAGCUUGUCUCUAUUCCUCAGUUGAUGAAUUUGAGUGUAUACUUGGAACUUCGUAUGUCAAAGGAAUAUGAGGAUCUUUUGGAAAGUCUUAUGAAGGUUUUCCUUCGUGCCACUUUACCAAAGCUACUCAGAAACUGUGCCGAGUCUUUGAAACACAUUGCAGAUGCCACUUAUCUUGAGGAUGUCAAUCGCAGUCAAUUGAUUGAAUUACAAGAGCGUGUUGUUGGCCAAGUGAGAGAUUCAUGCAGAGGAAAGGAUCUAGCUACUGCCCGCUUUACUGUAGACGAUGUACAUUCCAUAUCUGUUAGCAUGCUCCGUCUUGACUAUCUUUCAAACUUUAUCGACACAACUGAUGCCAUGGAUGAAACAGAAGAUAUCAGCACAGAUGUCACUACUCUAGUUGGUGGUGUCGUUGAAAGAUCUGUGUAUGGGUAUGAAAAGGAGAAGCAGAUGCACCUCUCAGCCAUGUCAGUAUUGUUCCGUUACGCAGCAUGGAAAUGCAACACAAUUGUAUCUGAUCCCGAAAUGACCAGCGUUGGUCAACAAGCAGCUGCAAAGUUGAAUAAGAGACGAGACUGGAUUGUUGACAAAUUUGUGGAUAUCGUAACCAUCACUGAUGUGAAUCCCCUGACCGAAAUCAGACACGCUAGCUUUGGUAUUCUUGUAGAUCUCUAUUGGCUGUUCUCUAGUGACAUGUUUGCCAGCCACUCAUCCAGUGCAUUUUUGGCCCACUUGUAUUUGCCAUGCCCUGAACAGCUUCAGUCUCAAUGUGUUGAAUACAUCACAAAGGAUAUUGAAGCACGCAGAAAGCUUCUUGAGGAUACUGCUAGUGACAGUGAGAGUGUAACUACAAGUAAUGAAUCCAAACAAGAUUUUGUCAAGUUAAUGACAAGCUUUGCUCGUGGUUUGAUGCUUGAUAUAUUUGAUGUUGAACACGCUACAGUCUUGUUGAGCCAGUACGGCCAUCUUGAGUCAGAAGUGGACGAUGUUAUUAAAGCAUUGGUAGAAGAACUGAACAAGGGGUUGGUUUUGAACCAGGGAAUUGCCAGCAACAUAUGCAAAGCCUAUCUUGAGUCUCUUAAAGAGUCAUUUGAACUUGACGUUGAUCAAUCGCAGCGAUCAAUGGACAAUACAGUAAAAUUAGCACGCUUGCUUAGUCACUCUAUUAAGCGUGUUGAUCAACAAAAUGUCGUUAGACGUGUCUCUCAGGUCAUUUGCACUCAUAUUCAUCUUGAUGGUAUUCGUUACGCCUUGUCCAAGGCAGCUGAAUACAAAGAAAAGGGAAAUGAUGCCGCCAAGGCACUCUUCCUCAAGUUCUUCAAGGUCCUUAGUGUAUUCGGAAAGCAAUUAACACGAGCACACGAUGUAGCCAAGAUUCAUCAGAACCUUGAAGAUGAGUUGGUAAACCGUGGAUUGACUGUUGAAACUGGAGACAAGGCGUGGGAUGCAUACCACGGCUAUAUUAAGACAAUAGAUGAUAUCCUCAAAAAGAGUGGAUUGCGUUAUGAUCCAUCCAAGAGAGCAGAAAUGGCUACACCUAGGGCAGACAUGGCCACUCCAAGAGUGCCUGAUGAUGUCAUGCAGGAGGUAGAGGAUGACAUUGAGAACUUUGGCCGAGAUAGUACCAAGCGUGGAAUUGAAUCUGUCGAAGAGAUGGAGAUAGAGACUACCAAUAUUUCAAAGCGAAGACGCUAAAUAUUCGUUCUUCUAGAGUCCAUAUUAUAGUUCAGCAUUUGUUUAUUCCCCAAGAAAAAAAAAAGAAGAAAAAGAAGUUCAUUUUUCAUGUAUAAUGACUUUUAUGAAACAG